AAAUGAUAAACAGAAGGAACACUAAGGAAGUACAAAUUCCACAUUUCACUCAGUAUAAAACCAUCCAAACACAGAAAACUUCACAAUAUUGCAGCUAAACUGAGUAGUAGGUUCCUCUGCCAUAAAAAAGCAAAAUAGCAACAUAAAAGAAAGCACAUGUUGCACACCACAAAGCAUUUAUUUCCUUUCUUACAUCUUCUUAAAUUCACAGUGUUAAGCUGAAAAUUAUAGAUCUUCACAUUGUAAGUAUAACAGAGGUUUUUUGCAUGUACUUUUGUGGUUAGACCUAAGCUUUAUGGAAACUCCCACAUGUUAAAGAGCACUUGCCAUCACUUCCUUCCUCUGAAGACCUGUUCAAUUAUGCUUGAGUUGGCAGUGGAAAAUAAGCACAACUGAAAAAAAGACUCGCAAAGCAAGAUUUUGAUCAGUCACCAACUUUAUAAGAUUAUUAUAUGCAAAGAAGUUUUUUCUUCUGUUCUCUUACAUGUCUGUAGUAAGUUCAUAGCAAAGCAGAAUAGAGACGAAAGAGGAAACGGCCUGUUUUUGUAAAAGAGCAGCCAUGAGUAAGAAUUCUCUCUGUGUGUUUUUCAUCGUUUCCUUCAUGCAAACAGGCAUCUCCAACAGCAGGAUAUCUAUCAGUCUCAGUCAGGAGGGAGAUAACAUAAUCUUGACCUGUGUCCUAGCUGGGAAUGAGAGUCUAACACAGGUCAACUGGGAGAUGGUGCAAGGCUCUAAUCACACCAAACUAGGAAUCUUCCACCCUAGUCAAGGCAUCUACAUCUUCUCUGAGCAUGUUGGCAAAGUAAAGAUUCGGGGGCAACAAACCCCGCUGAUAUCCUCAGAACUUUCUUUGCAGAAAGAAGCACUAAAUGAGAGUGGACUAAUCUGCUGUCAAUUCGUUACCUUUCCAUCAGGCAUUCUGAAGCAAUGUAUGGACAUCAGCGAUACAGUCAUAAAAAGUGUGCUCAUAUCUUCAGCUGAACCACAUGAAGCAGGACGAAAGCAGAGUUUUUUGGGGCAAUUUGGAGCUUUGACACUCGGAUGCAUUCUUUCUCUCUUAUUUCUGACCAUUCCUAUCUACAUGUGCAAGAGGUGUUUCUGUAGGAGAAGACAAGUGCUUGAGAUACAGCAUGUGCAUACAGACCCAUCAACAUUUACAGAGAUGUACACAGCUCAAGAGGCACAUGAAGAACAUCAUACCCCCUCUCCCUCUAGCUUUGACCCCACAAAAUUAUAUGCAAAGAUUAAAGAGGAUCUAUAUUACGGCCGACUAUGGAAAGCCUACCAAGGAAGAACGCGGGUAUCAGCACAAGGGUGCCUGACUGGUUCAAGACAGAUUUACUACCGUCUAGGUGAGAAUCCUCUACCACAAAGUGAUCAGGAAUACAGACCAAAAAUCCCAGAUGAAGUGACAAGGUCAUCACCAGUCAGCAGUAUCUGAACAUACUGUUACCCAUCAGCCACUAGAAGUUACCACUUGUACAACAUAUUGUGAACACCAUGUACACCAUGUCAUUUUCAAAUUACAUACAGCUGUUCUACAAUGCAAAAACAGUAUUUUAAAAUUUCUGUGGCUUUGAAUGGUGUUUCUUUUAAAAGAUCUGUUUUCAAUAAUGAUAAAGAUUCAGUGUGGAUAGAAAUCAAAGAAAAAAUACUUUUAAAACAUGUGAGUAUUAGUAUGGACUAUGUCACAUACCCUACAGAUAAGAGCUUCUUUGGGUGUUUUAAUGAAUUACAACAUUCACGUGAUCCAAUAAAUUUGGACCAAAAUGACACUGGUCAUUUGUCAGCACAAUGGUCUCAAUAAUGCAAAACAAAUCCUUAGGAAUAUAUUAUCAAAGGUUCCCAGUCUGUCUUAAUGUAUUGCACAUAAUUCAACGUAAAAAAAAAAAAAAUCAUGUUUUAUCCAGAUCAUCUCUCUCUCUCUCUCUCUCUCUCUCUCUCUCUCUCAUAUAUACAGUAAAUACAUUUUUUUUUGACUGCCAAGGAUGGUAUGAGUCACCUAGAUACCUUGUUGUGUGUGUGUGUGUGUGUGUAGGUGUAUGUAUUGAGAGACUUUCAAGUCACAAUGGAGGCAGUAUUGGCACAAAUACUGCUAUCAUAUAGCCAUCCUUUCUUCCAAACACUUAUACACCAUAUAGAAAUAUCCAUGUCAUAAUCAAAGCUGGGGAUUGACUUAAAUUGUCUCAUUUUAUCUUUUCUUUCUCAAUGAGCAUACUUUUUAUGCAUCCAUAGUACCUUUUCUCCUACAACUCUGUGGCGUGGCCUGGAUAACUAACUCUGUUAGUUCACAGUUGUCACUGUCAGGCUAUCCAGUGACAAACUAUUCAUGGCAGCCACUCUUAAAAUGGUAGCUCCUACAGCACCAAAUGUGCUGCUUUGCACAAUAGUAGUCACAACAUUAUUCACAAUAGUUUUAAAGGGAGAUUUGGACAGACAGCUCAUCUGUGUACUAACCCUCUGGCUUGCAUUCUAGCUCAUGUGAUGUAUUUUAGAUAUGUUUGCAAGUCUCCAUGAUGGCCAGCUGGCAUGAGGGCACUGCCUUACAAAUAUUAAAUUUACAUUUAUAGCAUUUGUCAGACACCUUUAUCCAGAGCGACUUAUAGAAGAGGUUUGAAGUCUCUAUAAAUAAAUACAUCCUGAGCAUUGAAGGGAGCUUGAUGCAGUGCAGAUGCAUAAGUUCUUUAAACAAGUUUUUCCAUUUGGCUUUGUAGGCACGCAUCAGUGUUUUAAAUCUGAUGUGGACAGCUACAGGAAGCCAGUGGAGGGAGUGUAGCAAUGGGGUGGUGUGGAAGAACUUAGGAAGGUUGAAGUUAAUGAAAUGCAUUCUGGAUUAGUUGCAGAGGUUGGAUGAUGCUCAGAGGCAGAUCUAUCAGGAGUGAAGCUGUGUAUGGACGAAUUCUUCUGAUGUUGUCAAGGAGAAAUUGGCAUGAGAGUAUCAGAUUAGCAAUGUGAGAGGAAAAGGACAGUUGAUUGUCCAUGGUUACCCUAAGUUUGGAUGCAGUGACAGAAGGUGAGAUCUGAGAGUUGUCCAGGGAGAUCACAAGAUCCUGAAGUAGGAAUGAAUGACCCAGGAUGAACAGCAGUUCAGUUUUUCUGGGAUUAGGUUUCAGCUGAUGAGCUGCCACACAGAUGUGAUGUCUGCCAGACAUGCUGAGAUCUGAAUAGAAACAAGAGUGUCUUCGAGAGGGAAGAGAAGAUGAGUUGAGUGUCAUCCACAUAGCAGUGGUAUGAAUUCGGGAGUGGUUCUGGGUCAGUUCCUGCUAGGUGGUGCUGACAGGCUCUAAACUAGCUGUGGCAGCCACUCUUAAAUGUUAUGGGAUAUAGGAAAGGUUAGGCAAGGCACAGGUGGACCUCUUCGCCAAUGCCAAGUCAACACAUUUGUGACUGUUGUUCUCACUGUCAAACAGACUGCUAAUACAGGAUGACUGGCCUCACCAUCUACUAUACACUUUACCUCCUCUAGGACUGAUUCUUCCAAUCUAUUAUGUACUUUUCCUCCUCUUCCACUGAUUCUGCCCACAUUACACAUAAUUUAACAACUAGGCCACAAAGUCCAGUUCAUGGCCUUCAUAUGGGCAUCAAUACCUUGGUUCCCACUACUGAUUUUUACUGGUGGACAGAACACCCUUGCAGCAUCCUUCCCAAGCUCCCAAUUUGCUGUCCCAAAUGGACAGUGAUUUGGCAUAACUGGCAGGUCACCCAAAACAUUUUUACACACUAGUAUGUCUUAAUUUAUCUUUGUAAUUUGUAAAUAUUGUAAAUAAAUUGUAAGUAUAAAGUUCUGUUUAAUUUUUUUUGUGUUUAUAAGUCUAGCUAGCUAGCUAGAUAAUCAUCACUACUUUCUUCAACUAGCAUCUUAGUUGCUUUUUGGCACAAAUUAACAGACACUGUUAAUGUUGUUGACCUGAUUUUAGAGAAGUCUUUUGAUGCUCAAACUCAUGAGGAAAGUGUGAAAAUUAAACAAGACAGCAGAUAUCCCAACUGUAAUUCAAAUAUCAAGGAGCUCUUUUGGUAAAGUAAAAUUGAUUGGCUGACUGGCAGUGCUAUAUGAUUCUUACUGUCCUGAAGGUUAGGAGGGGUGAAAAAAGGGGAGUUAGGAAUGUAACUGUAAAUAUAUAAACCGCAGAUAAUCUCCAGGGUGCCUUGUCAUUUCGAACUGAUGCUGAGACCUCAGCAAGGCCCAGGUUCCAGGGAAAGAUGGCUGUGUGACAGCAUAAUUUAUUGAAAAUAAUGCAUCAUAUGUCACUUUGUAUCUUUGUUGAAAUGUUUCAGUGUUUGCACAUGUACCAGAAGGAAUUAUUGGCCCUGGGGUUCACACAAUUAUAGUUACAUACUGUACAUAGCUAGCAAUUUACUAUGUUUUUGGUCUAUAUGUCUAUAUGUUGGUCUUUAUGCUGAAUCAUUACUUGAGAUUCUCAAGUCAUAUUAAUAUUGUAUGACAUAUGUUCUAAAAUACAAUCAUAAGUAUUUAUAUAUGUUUUAUAUAAUAAUGUAACUCUACAUGAAACUUGUUCUAAUGUAAUUUGCUUUAAAAUACUUUGUAAUAUAAUAUAAUUGUAAUUUCUACUUUGUUAUAUCAGUUAUUCUUGUUAUGUAUAUGAAAAUAAUAAAUUUCUUGGGAUCUCUACUCUCUGAUUUACUAGUGCUAUAUUGAAUUA